UGUUCUGGUGGAUUCGGUGCUUGCAGGUGUUAUCACAACAAAACCAACCAUGUACACUGCCCUAGCUGCAAUGGUAAACUUUCCUGAGGUCCAGAAGAAGAUCCAGGAGGAGAUCCAGAGGGUGGUUGGAAAGGACCGACUUCCUGGUUUGGAGGACCGGAACAAAAUGCCCUACAGCAGGGCAGUGGAAUUAGAAUUAUAUCGCUACUAUACUCCAAUCGGUGCAGCUGGACCAAGGAACACUACCCAGGACUGCAGCUAUAAAGGUUACAGCAUCCCAAAGGGCACAAAGGUUAUUUACAACGUAUGGCGUGUACACCACGACGAAUCAUUUUGGGAGAAUCCCUUCACGUUUGAUCCAACCAGAUUCUUGGAUGAUAAUGGCGACCUUCUGCCACCGGAGGAUGAAAAGCGUCAGAGGCUGUUGACGUUUGGUGUCGGAAAGCGUUCUUGUAUCGGUGAGAAGCUGGCCCGAGUAAGGAUAUUUCUUGGACUAACGUCGAUCCUGCAAAACUUCGACUUAGCUUCGUGA